CCCCUGUCAAGUAUAUUUAGCUGCGAGUGUCAAAUCUACCCCAACCACCCCACAGAUAUCGUCGCCAAGGUUGCCGCGCCUGCGUGAAGCUCAUACACCUGGUGGAUGGCGGAGAUCGCGUAUUAUGACGGGGACCUCUCGGAUGCCUUGACCAAGCUCGACCAAAUUAUGGCCAAGCUCUCCAAGGCUCCACCUGGCGUCAAAUCCGAAGUGUUAGCGGAGGCCGAAAAGAAGCUCAAGGAAGUGAUCGAUUUGAAGAAGGGGUUUUCCCUCGCCCUGCGGCAAGUUACCGACCGCGAAGACAUCAAGACAUACCGGGAGAAAAACGACGUGUAUGCCGCGCGGGUGGAAGAACUCACUCGAGAAGUGAAAUGGGCCAAGACGGAGACGGACCGCAACGGUCUGUUCGGCGACGCCAAGGCCAAAGCGGCCAAAGUACCCACGGGCAACACGGAUAUGCUCAACAAGGCCCAAGAAUUGCAAGGAAAAACCGAAGUGUCGUUGAAAAAUACCCAAAAAAUGAUUGAAAACUCCAAAGAAGUGGCGCUCGCCACCGGGGAAACGUUGCGGGAGCAGCGCAACCAACUCAAUGCGAUCACAGAGGAAGUGAUGCGCAUGGACGACGGCGUGGCCCGUGCCAACAAGUUAAUGCGCACGUUUACACGGCGCAUGGCGACGGACCGACUCAUCCUGUUCUUCACGUUUCUCGUGUUUGCGGGCAUCGUGGGUAUCAUCGUGUACUCCAAGGCCAACCCAAAUCAAACUACGUUUUAUGUGCCAGAUCAAGUCAAGCCACCAGAUCCAGGUGUGAUUGCAAAUGCCACGGGGAUCAACACGUUCAUUAACAACACGCUCAACAGCAUUACCGGGUAAAUGAUGAUUCAAGUGAGCUAGAACGCCUUGGAUGCUUGUGGUCUUCAAUAUAUUAACACACAUUCGGCAGUGUUGGCGGUUGGUAGUUAACUGCUACUAAAUACUACUCGAGUAGGACGCUACUACAACC